AUGCGAUGUUCUUCUCUCACCUUUGUCGGUCCGUCGGAGACUGGACGACGUUGGACGGAGUCAAAGCGGCACGGUCUAUUCUUACUGGACCACAGCCCGCGCUCUGGGUGGAAGGCGAUGCCACACCAGAUGCUGGAUUAUUCAUGGUGUCCUGGUCCCCGUGAUUUAAAAAAACAGGGAAAAAAAGGCCCUUCGCAUUUUGUGUAUAAAAUCCCGCACUGCAAUCUCGGCUCCUCUAAAACAUGGAUAAACAGGAAUCAGUACUUUCCUGCUUACGUGGCGCCCCUCAAAGACGAGGUUGCAGUUGAAUCCUGCUUUGACAGCACUAGUGAGCGCCUCUGUCAGUGUGAUAGUGUGGCACCAAUCAAUGGCUUAUGCCUGGUUUGGCAAACGGAUCUCAGUUUCAUCUUUCCAAUUCUGUCACCAAAAGAUGUGAUACAAAGCACUCGUCUGCGCUACCCUAAUUUGGCUACCAAAUUAGCCUCCUCAGGCCUCCUGCCAACCCGUCUCACAGGCUCCGAUUUAUUGGCGGUGCAACCGCCAACUCUUGGAGGCAUUGGUCAGUUGCCUCAAACAAAGCAACAAGAGAAUGCAGUGGCCGAGCUCAAAUCGGCUAUUCUUCAACACUCUAGUGGAAUUAGAACCACCUACACGGAGAAGGUUGGUAGGGGUGGGGUAAUUGCCUUUCGUUCACCCUCACCGGAAAUUAUCAAUUUCUUCCUUGCCUUGGCCUUUCUUGCAAUUCGAAUUGCUACAACUUUUUGGACAGUUUGGCCGACAUUCUCGUAUCUCACCUCCAUUCUCCUCGUUUGCACCGGCGUCUACUUAACUGUUGAGUACACAGCUGUCAGUCUACUCGUUCAGUUGACUGCCUGUCUCACUGCGCACAUCAACUCCACCAACGUGUAUGGGGCCCUCAUUAUGGUUCGAUUGCCCAUGCGAUUGUCAUCCUGGCAGAUGAUUCUACUGACCGUCAUUGGUUACUUCAUCACUCUCAGUAGUUACGGCGUCUUGUUUCAUUUAGGUGUGCGACAAUUUUACAAAGCCAUUCAAAAGAAUUACUAUACCGUAGUAAAUGUCCUUCGAUUCACCAAAGGGCCAGUUAACGGUGCUUCGGAGAUGACAGUUACUCCGACGCCAUGUAGCGAGACACCUCCAAUGAAUGCGAGUAGAGGUUCUGGAAGGUAUCACUUCUGGCCUCUUCAAGGUCGUGUUCUUAUCGCGCUAGGCUUUAUUUCCCUUGUUGUCAGCAUACUUAUACGAGUUCCAUGCCUAUAUGACAUUUUUCUACUGUAUUGGAAUGAAAAGGACUACUUGUGUCUCACCACGGUGGCACUCUUCAUUUGUAUACAUCUGGCAUGGCUCAUAAUGUGGCUUGGAUUUGCAAUGAAACAAAAGUGGAACUUCCGCAUGUUCUACCCUCGAAUGAUGCCACCAUGUCUGGACACGAAUCCUCAGAGCACCUUUAUAACAGAACCAGGAGUCCAAAGCCAUCUGGCUUACACCCCUGUUCAGGAGUGCAACGAGGAGGUUUCACUAACAUUGCCUAAUCAGACAUUUUUUUCACCUCUUCAAAUACAAAAUCCAGGCAUAUCUGUUCAUGGUGCCAUCUGUCUGCCUUCGGCUCAACUGCAUACAGCAACUAACAGCCUUAAAUACCCUCCACGUACUCCUACACCGCAAGAAAUAAUUGGCGGCCAGAUGAUGACCAACAAAUUCUAUGAGAGCAAUUCAAUCACCCAAAGUGUAGGCACACCGGCAGGGGAAAUGAUAUCUCUUCAAGGUCAUUAUCUGCUAUCUCCAACUACACAGAAGUACACCUCCAUUCGUAGGCUGAAUUCGUGGGAGCCAGAAGUUACUGAAGCAAAGCAGAAGGUGAUUGUAAGUGUCACAGAGACCGGUUUGCCAAACCAAUUGCUUCGAGGACCUCGAACUAUCUCCUGUGAGACGGCGAGAAGUAGUGACACUCAUCCGCAGUCGAUGUUACUUCAACCAAUCGAAGAAGGCAUUAAUGGAGGGGAAGGUAGCACUUUGAUGAAGUUAGCUCCCGUGGCUAUGCAGGAGAGUGGUCGAAGCACUGCAAGUUCUGCGGAUCAGAUAUGCAGUCAAGUUUGA